CCUACACGCGUCGACCCCCCCAAAAGUCACGGGAAAACGAAGUCUUGAAAGACCUCCUUUCCACAUCACCAAGCAUCCAAACACACAACAUCACCCUUCUUUCCCCCCCUUCAAGCAAUCAUACUAUCCUUUUAAGACACAUCCUCACAGCUUCACGUUCUUGGGGAUCUUUAUUUCUCCGCCUUCUUCACGUUCUAACAUCACCGCAGGGGUAGAAAGAAGAACUCCGGCCUCCCACCUAGGGCACUUUGGGCAAUGGCUCCAGCUAAAGCGGUGGCUCCUUUCGUCAAGGAUGAGCGUGUUCUGUGCUUCCAUCACGAGAUGCUUUAUGAAGCCAAGGUGUUGGACUCCAGGGCCACUGAUGGGGGUUCGUGGCAAUACAAGAUCCAUUACAAGGGAUGGAAGAACACCUGGGACGACUGGGUUCCUCAAGAUCGCGUUCGCAAGUUCACCGAAGAGAACAAGCAACUUGCCGCUCAGCUCCACGAGCAGAUGAAGGCUCUCCAGGGCAAGCCAGCUCCAUCUGCCUCCAAGUCCGCGAAGACCAAGGGCCGUGCCAACGGAUCCGACUUCAGCUCUGCCCGUGGCAGUGAGGAGCGUGGCAGCAUGGCCGCUCAGGGAGGAGGACGCGCCCCGAGGCGCCUUAGAGAUUACGAUCUCGAACAGGAGGAUGGGUUCCUUGACCGCCCAGCUAUCAGCCUCCCGAUCCCAGAUCGCAUCAAGGCGAUCCUCGUCGAUGACUGGGAGAACGUCACCAAGAACCAGCAGUUGGUUCCUCUGCCGGCUGCUCACCCGGUUGAGAGCAUCCUCAAGGAUUACGAGGAUGAUGAGAUGCCCAAGCGCAUCCCCGGUAGCCCUGAGGCCAGUAUCCUUGAGGAGAUGCUCGCUGGUCUUCGCGAGUACUUUGACAAGUGCUUGGGUAGAAUUCUCUUGUACCGUUUCGAGCGUGCUCAGUACCUCGAGAUGACCCAGCUCUGGGAGGCCCCCACUGGAGACAUGGCUGGCAAGAACGCCAACCAGACCUACGGUGCGGAGCAUCUCUGCCGUCUCUUGGUUUCUCUCCCUGAGCUCAUCGCCCAGACCAACAUGGACCAGCAGUCCGUCAGCCACCUCCGCGAGGAGAUCAUCAAACUGACCAACUGGAUGGUCAAGAAGCCAAACCUGGAGAAGUACUUCGUCGCCGAAUACGAGACCCCCAACCAGUCGUACAUCGACAUGGCGCGCGGUAACUAGAGUCUUCCGUCUUUCGGCCUCUGUUCUUCUCAACACGCGCUCAGAUCGGCGUGAUGGUGUUUUCGGUGUUUGGACUGGCAUGGCGAGGCGUACCGAGAUUCGGGUGGCGUUUUUAUACCAGGCAAAGGGUUAUUCUGCGAUUUCUGAGAUUGAUCUUUAUGAUCUGGGUGACUGAACUGUCGUUGGAAGGGGGGUGGGGGCUUCAUGGGAUUUAUGGGUUCUAUGGAUGUGAUUCUUGCCUAUCUGGAGACUUCUUGCUUGUUUAGGAUCACAAAUAAAUGAG